GUCGCGCGCGUCCCUAACCGUCGCUCUGGGCGGUUGGUUGUUUGGUGCUGCUGGGCGCGCGCUCCGCCGGCUCCGGCUCGGGCUUCUCGCGCAGGUGGCGGCGGCGCAGAUUCAUUUUGGAAAAUGCCACACAGAAAAUUUGGUGAUGGUGAUGUGGUGAUGGGUCGUUGGCCUGGAAGUGUCCUCUAUUAUGAAGUACAAAUAACUAGCUACGAUGAUCUCACUCACCUUUAUACUGUUAAAUACAAAGAUGGAACUGAGCUUGAGUUGAAAGAAAGUGAUAUAAAGUCAGUAUCAGCAUUUAAGCAUAGGAAAAGCAAUUCAAGUUCUCCUUCUAGACGUGGUGGUAGCAGAUCAAGAUCUCGGUCUCCUGGCCGGCCAGCAAGAGGGAGACGUCGUUCUUCCUCCCAAGGCAGAGAUGCUAAAGAUGACAAAAAGAAAGCAAUUAGAGAAACUAAAUUAACACCUGAGAAACUGAAUGAGAACAAUACAAGCAGGUAUAAUGGGGAGCCUGACAGUACGGAAAGGAACGACACGUCCCACAAAAUCUUACAGCAAAAGGUUGAUUUGGACCUAGAAAUAGACCGUGUGCUUGAUCAAUACCGUGUGCGUUCAAGAAAAGAAGAUAAGACAAAGGAGGAAACGUAUUCAGAAAAACGAAGUUUUGAGGCAGCAAAAACUAUUGAGAAAGCAUCAGCACAGACAAAAGAGCUAGAAUUUGGUGGAAGAAUUGGGACCUUCUGCAUGAUAGUUUUCAUGCCUGCAACUGUGCUUUACUUGCUGUUGAUGUGCAAACAGGAAGACCCCAGUAUUAUGAACUUUCCUCCACCUUUGCCUUCUUUUGAUAGCUUGUGGGAAACUAGAGUGUUUGGUGUCUGGCUUGUAUGGUUCUUUCUCCAAGCUCUGUUUUACUUGCUGCCAGUUGGAAAGGUUGUAGAAGGAACACCACUUUUGAAUGGAAGGAAACUACAGUACAGGAUAAAUGGAUUUUAUGCUUUUGCUCUGACUGCAGCAGUCGUAGGAAUAUCUUUGUAUUUUGAAUUAGAGCUUCAUUAUUUGUAUGACCACUUCCUGCAGUUUGCAGUCUCAGCUAUAGUUUUUUCUGUGGUGUUCAGCAUUUAUCUUUACAUUCGGUCUCUGAAAGCACCUGAGGAAAAUCUGUCACCUGGUGGGAAUUCUGGGCGCUUUAUAUACGACUUCUUUACUGGCCGUGAAUUAAACCCUCGCAUUGGAAAUUUUGACCUCAAAUACUUCUGCGAGUUACGUCCAAGCUUAAUUGGCUGGGUGGUUGUGAACUUGGCAAUGCUGUUGGCUGAGAUGAAGAUACAUAAUCAGAAUGUGCCAUCUUUGUCAAUGAUACUGGUUAAUAGUUUUCAACUUCUGUAUGUAAUGGAUGCUCUUUGGCAUGAGGAAGCUAUCUUGACGACUAUGGACAUUACCCAUGAUGGGUUUGGAUUCAUGCUAGCAUUUGGAGAUUUGGUAUGGGUUCCGUUUAUCUUCAGCUUACAGGCUUUCUAUCUAGUCGGUCAUCCAAAUGAGAUUUCUUGGCUUGCUGCUUCUGCAAUUAUUAUUCUAAAUAUGUCUGGGUAUUACAUUUUCCGUUGUGCAAACUCACAAAAAAAUGCAUUCCGGAAGAAUCCAAAGGAUCCCAGAUUGGCCCACUUGAAAUUUAUUCCUACUGCAACUGGAAAAAGUCUGCUAGUCUCAGAUUGGUGGGGUUUCGUUCGUCACCCUAACUAUCUAGGUGACGUCAUUAUGGCUCUGGCUUGGUCUCUACCAUGUGGCUUUAAUCACAUUUUACCAUAUUUCUAUGCGAUUUACUUCACCUUGUUCAUCAUUCAUCGAGAAGCUCGUGAUGGACGUCAAUGUAAGAAAAAAUAUGGUUUAGCAUGGGACAGGUACUGUCAGCGUGUACCAUACCGCAUAAUUCCUUACAUCUACUAAACACAUGGUUUGCAAACUGCUACGAAAUUACAGCUAUUUUGCAAAUAAAAGCAUACCUCUUACCUUUGCACUUGGCCUAUUUGGUAAAUUAUUUAGGCUUUUAAAGAUGUGAUUAAGCAGUCCAGUGUAGUAGCUGCAUUUAACAAAUAACCUUAUGUGCAUUAGUUAUGUUAAAUGGACUGUCUCAUUGGUGACUUUUAGAAACAUCUCUGAAAAGGAGGAAGAAUUUAGUGCAAGGUCAAUCAAAACUAUGGAAAUGUUUGUAUCUGGGGUUUUUUUCUAAUCUUGGAGUCCUGGGGUUUUGGUUUUUUUUUUUUUUUGAGUUCAGGUUUAAUUUCCUGAGUUUACAUUUUUAAAUUACAUUUCAUUGAACACUGUGAUGUAAAAUAGGUUUUUGUUUCUACUAAAAGAAUAACAGGAUUUUCAGCCAGCUUGUUCUGGAAUUGCUAGAUGGUUUCUGGACACGUGCAGCCAAAAACCGUAGUCCUGCAUCCCAUGAGAAAUUAAAGGCAAUUUAGGGUGUGGUGCAGGCUUGUGCUGCCUCUGAAAUAAAAUGGCAAUAGUUGGCUUACACUGUGUUAUGUAAAAUAUGUCUUAAAUGUACCAUAGCACCCCCUGAUUGUAUAAUAUAAGCCUUCCUGGUUUUGCUGUACAGUGUUUGAAUGUGAAAUGCAAUAACUUGUUUAGGAGCAGAAGAAGCUUUUUAACUAAAACCAUUUCCAGUAUUUUUUUAAAAAUUGUCCUUUAAUAAGGGUUUUUGUAAAGUAAUGUAUGGAUUUAAUUCCUGAAACAAUUGAAGUGUUCAUUUAAAUAUUGUAUUGACAAAUAUACUAUGAAAAUAUAGAAAAUAUGCUCUUCAAUCCAAAGUUUGUGAAUUUGGCAACGCUACCUCAAAUGCAGGUUUGCCUUUUAUACUGUUGCAAAUAGGGAAAAAUAGCUAGUUUUUCACUAUCGCUAUUUAAUUUUUUUACAUUAACCUGUGACUUAAGCUUACAACCACACUAGCUAAUAUAUUUUUGUAUAUAUUUUGACUUUUUAACUAAUGUGAGUUUCUUAGCAACUUGAAUUAGUUGUCUCAAUAUCUGUCAAUCCUCCCCUAUUGCAAUAGUUUAAUUUCUACUUAAUAAAUUGUAAGUGGAUAAAUUUGCAUUUUAAUACAUGAAGUUUAUACGACCAGAGAGAUGCUAAAACAUUUUUGUAUUGAUUAACUUUAGGAACUAGUUUUUAUCCUUUUCUGUCUUUUUUAAAAUUGGUAGUUUUUUGGGUACUUCCAAUAAGAGGAUGCAGGGCACGAAUUGCCCCCAAAAAGACUUACUAAUGAUUUUCUCAUUUUAAUUGUACUGUGAAGGGAAAUUUAAGUACCUUCAUGGUUAUGAUUUGUAGCGAGUUUUCUGUUUUGUUUUUAGGUUGAAUAGUUAAGUGUGUUUAAAAUAGUGAUGCAAUUGAAAUCUAGUGUGUGUUUAAAAUGCUUUAUUUUGUACAUGAGCCAUUUUAGUUACUAUUGUACAUUUGAAGUGUAUAUAGCAGAACUUGUUGAAGAUGAUCAUGUCUGUUCUUCAGCAGGCUAUGGCCUCAGAAGGUCCAUGUAGCUGUUCUAGGGAAAAUGUUCUAAUCUGGACAUUUUCAUUCUUGGAACAAAAAACAAGUAGUGGUAUUUGUAACAGCAUUGAAGGAGGCUUAUUAAAUUUUGUCAUCACGUGAUGAGAGCAAAUGAUUUAACAUUCUGUGUACUCUUCCUUCAGAGACAUGGCUCCUGGCUGAUGUCGAUUCUGUCCACUCUUGUGUUUUAGCUGUAAAAUUGACUUGCAAGUAGAAUGCUUAAUACAAACACAUUUGUAAGCUUCAAUAAAGUUUUGUUUAAAAAUGGCA